UUUUCAAAGUUACUAUUCUUUCUGUUGGUAUCGUGCAUAGGAAGUUACUGGACGACAUGGAAAAAAUUAAAAUGUAUGUAGGCAUAUCAAAAACGAAAUAAUAAGUAGUGAUCAAAUUUUGAAAUGGCACAACCAGAGGAAAGCAUUGAAACACAGGAUGAAGCGAAUAAUCUUCUUCAAAAUGGAAUUUUAGUGGAAACAGACUCUGGGUUGCUUUGUGUUCCCUUGAACGAAGCAUUACUAACAGAUUUAAAUUUAUCUGUUGAAGAACUACAUGAUGUUGCUUCUCAGUUGAUAUUACAAGAAGAUAGUAAGCUGACAACAACUAAUCAUCGAGAACGAAUUCAUUUACGGACUUUCAACUUUAAUUUCGACAGUGAUGGGUUUUCUAGUGAAUGUAGUGAUAUCAGUAGUUGCUCCACACCUAACACCCAACCAGUUUUUACACUCACUUCAGUUACAAACGAUACAAAAUUACCAUUAAAACAGAAUAUUUAUAGACCUGAUGAUGAUACUGACAACAAUUAUAAGACUGUAACUGUAGUUCCCAGUAUUCUAUCUCAUAAACCAGUUACCAAGGAUGCCAAAAUUUCUAAACUUGAAGUGAAUUUAGCUCCAGCACACUCGUCAUCUGACAUCAGCGCUAAUUCUAAUGUAUCAGAUUCAGAUACAAGUGUAGCUAAUUUUCCUAGUCCAUCUCUAAUUGUUCCGUUCAAUAAAAACAAAAAUGUAGGUCCUGUCAAUAAUGAAAAUAAAGCUGGGUCUCCUCCAAAAAGGAGGGGUGGUUGGCCUAAAGGGAGGAAGAGGAAGCCUGAGCUUUUGAAUUUACCUCCCAAAGCUCCCGCUACAGGUUAUAACUUAUAUCUUAAUGAACAAAGAAAAUUAUACAAAGAAAGCGCCUUGGCUUUUCAUGAAAUAACAAAAAUAAUAGGAAAUAAAUGGUCCAGUUUAACUCUUGAGGAAAAAAAACCAUAUCUUGCUAAAGCUGAGGAGGAUAAAAAGAGAUAUCGUGAAGAAUUACAUAAAUAUAGACAAUCAGAUGCAUACAGGGCUUAUUUGAAUAAAAAAAGGAGAAAUAGAUUGCAGAACAAUAUUCUUUCAGAAAGUGAUAUGGAUGCAACUGAUGAAGUAGAUGAGGAAGACAAUGAGGAACUUUAUUGUAGAACAUGUGAUCAGUGGUUUCAUAACCUCCACAAUAAAAGAGAGCACCUUCAAGGAAGGCAGCAUACUCAAUCUGUUGCUGGAGAUAUGAAAAAGGAAUUGGGGAAUAUAAUUAGUUGUAACUCCCAAAGUUCAGAAAAGUCUGAUGAGAAAAGUAUAAAUCGUGAUCACGAAAGUGGCUCUGUCAAUGAUUCCAUAAGCCAGCUUCUAUUGAUUGUAUCCAAGAGGGAGAAGGAGAUAAAGUCUCUCAAGUGCCGUCUGGAAGAAUCUAGGCUGUCCCAAGAGGCAAUUUGGCAGCAGUUAGUUUCCCUCACAGAACGCGAGUCGAAACUAAGAAAAGAUCUUCAGGUUUUGGAGAAUAAGGAAAAAGACAUGAAGAACCAAAUUUUUCAAUUAUGGAAAGUGCCAAGUUUAUUUCUUGUCAAUGACGUGAAUAUUGCUGUGAAUGAGGAAUGCAGUGAAGAGAAUUGAAUAUUUUUUUAUUGUUUAGUUUUUGCAACAAAAUUGAUACAGUAUUUAUGAAUUGUUGGUUUUGUGUAAUAAAGUAUUUAUAUUAAA